UCUCGCAAUGGCGUUAGUUCUAAAGCUUUCCAUUUUUGUAUUAACGAUUGCACAGGUCUUAAGCUACUACCCAAAAAUCAGGGAAAUUCUAGAGGAAAGUGAAGUGGACUCGAAUGGCCGAAUCGGAACCGUUACGUUGGAAGAUCGUUCCUGGACUGUGAAUACAACUCUGGAGGCAGCCCUGAGGCUACUGGAAGUUGGCUUCGGAACCCAAAUACUGACCAGUGAAUGUGCCGUAAGGAUCAAGGAAUGCUAUUGGCCACCACGAGUUGCCAAUCCCAUGGAUCAGCUGAGACCUCUGGGGGUGGAAAAAAUUGGAGCCAAGACGGAAAAACCAAUCUACGAUUUGGAAAACUACGAGGAGUAUCUUGAGCAGCUGAAGAAAGGAAAAGAACUGUUCAAAUAAGGGCCUUCCCUGUGC